AUGCUCCUGUUGACUGGCAUCGCCUGCGGCGGCACCACUCAGGAGACUGAUACCGGCAGCGAACAGGCCACGAUCGCGCCUGAUACCGGCAGCAGCGCCGGUUCCGAUCAGCCCCCUCAGCCUGGCUCAACUUCUAUAAUAUCCACCGCUACUCCCAGCGCAACCAAUACGCCUUCGGCAGCCCAGCAGUCCGAAUCCGUCGGCGGUCGCCUCAGUAUGGCAGUUACCCCUCCGGUCCAGGAGUUGGUGCGCGGCUGGCUGGGAACCACAACAUCGGCUAACGCGCAGGUCCGCAUGUUCUCCGAUCCGCUGGUACACACCGAUCGCUUUGACGGCUCCCUGCAGCCUGGCCUGGCCACCGAUUGGGAAAUCACCAAAGCCGAUGGCACACAGUGGGUAUUCCGCUUGCGUGAAAAUAUCCCCUUCCACGGGGAUUGGGGUGAAUUUACCGCCCACGACGUUCCUCAUUCCGCGGCUCUGAUAAUUGGCGAAGAAGCCAUCGCCACCGACACCGGAUUGUUCCGCGGACUAUUUGGUCAAACCGAAGACGAGCUGUUGCAAAACAUCCGCGUCAUCGAUGAUUACACCGUGGAAUUCAACUUGUUGCGACCCGAAGCCUCCAUGGAGUUUGUCGUCUCGGCACAACAGGGUAACUACUUCAUCUAUAGCAAGGCACAAUGGGAUGCUGAAGGCGAACGGGGUUACAUCGACAAGCCAGUCGGCAACGGCCCCUGGCAGUACGAAAGCCGCCAGCUCGGCGUCGGCGGUAAUAUCCUGUACUCACAAGUGUCCGACCAUUGGCGCCAAACGCCUUUCUGGUCCGAACUGGAGCAGAUCAACACCCCAGAGCCGGCAACCCGUCUUGCCAACCUGCUCACGGGUCAGGUGCAAAUCGCCGAAAUCAACCGCGACCACCACACCGACGCGAUCAACGGUGGCAUGACCAUUGUUAACAGCCAACUGCCCUCCAUCCAGGUCGCGUUCAUAAUGGGCGGCAUCUACUCCCCGUUGAGCCCGUUCCACGACCCAUCCGAUCCUCAUCUCGACGUUCGCGUCCGAGAGGCUAUCAACCGCGCCAUCAACCGGGAAGAGAUCAACCAGGAACUGUUCAGCGGAUUCGGCUCCGACCAUCCAGUUUGGGGUUUCCAUCCCAGUCUGCCCGGUUGGAACCCGCGUUGGGCGGAAGAAUUCGACGACAAAUACGGUUUCGACCCCGACCGAGCCCGCGACCUGAUCACCGCAUCCGGACACGAAGGCUAUCCGCUCAAACUCAUCAUCACCCAGCUUUCCGGAGUACCUGAAAUGAUACCGAUGGCCGAAGCCGCCAUCACCUACCUGGAAGACAUCGGCAUCGACGUUCAGGCCGAAGAGAUGGAAUGGGCCCGGUUCCGCGCUGAUUUCUACCGGCCCGGAAAAACCCACGGUACCAUCUCCCCCAUUCGCGGCACCUUGCGUCCCGCCGAAGUUACAUUGCGGUUCUACAACGUGAGUGGACCCGAAGGUUUCCAGCGCAUCGUACCGGACCCCGAGCUCGACACGCUUUACCAGGAAGCCAUCACCGCAGUGGACCCCCAGAUCAAGUACGAUGCCCUGCAGAGAGCCGGAGACCUCAAAUUCGACCUGUACUCCGAAGUGCCCAUCGUCUGGCUCCCCGGCCAAAUCGGCGUCAAUCCACAGGAGGUUGGUGAAUUCGUGUGGCCUGGCAACAUUAACACCGCCAUCACCCACACCGAGUACAUCACCACGGCUGACGGUCAGUAA